AGAAGGGAAAGAGGCAUAGAAACAGGCUCAGACCGGCUGGCAUGUGACCCUCAUGGUCCGUGGAGGAUGUAUUUCACCAUCAUCUAUGGGAUCUUCAAUUGGCAGCGGUAUCAGGAGCGAUGGCAAGCCUUCGGGGAGCAUGUACUGCGGCCGCUGCACGCCAAGUUUGAGCGCGUCCAUCACGACGCAACGUAAGCAAGAGAAUGCAGCCGUCCCGUCCAUUUUGCGUGAAGGCGCAUGCGCACAUUCAUGAUCUGCGCACAGGACGUGGCUGCCUGAGGUCCUGGAGCUCUUCCGGCAAGAACUGAGGUCCGAACGAAAGAACAUAACGCCACAAAUGGUGUGGUAUGUUGGCUGAUGGGGAUUUCUUAUGCAGGGAUCCCAAGCUGCUGACGCCGUACGACCGCAGUGUGAUCAUCGACUCUCACGUGUGGGGCCCGGCCGUCACACGCUCCCUCGCCCUCUCGACGGCCCUCCACUACUCAAUCGAGACCGCCUCCCGCUACUACCGCCCUGGAGCGCCUUCGAGGGCCGCACUCAUCUCGAUACGUGAGCAGACGACGAAGAUGCACGCACGCCGAGGGUCAUUCUGUGCCUCAUGUGUUGUGUGGUUGGCGUCUGUGUGUCUGUCUGGUGCAGCUGGCUCUGUGAUGAUUUUGUGUUACAAUGUGUGCAACGAUUGGUACACGCAGUCGCUGGAGCGCUUCCUCUGCCCAAACUUCGAGGCUAAGCGGAUUGAAUGCGACAGCCCUCUGGCUCUCAAAGUGCGGGCAAAGUAGGUCGACCACACCACACCACACCACACCACACCACACACCACACACACACGCAAAUCAAGUGCCGUUUCAUUGCCAUGGAUGUGAUGUGUUCAGGGUGAUUGAGCAUUGCCAGUGCACUCAGGUUCCAUUCAUGACACCGACGGACGCCCAUCCAUCGCCGCGGAGCGAUGCGGCCGAGCCGUUGGAUGUGAGCGACAAGUCCAUGUCAGUGCCUGGCACAAGCAGCCGCACGGUUGUGUCGAGGUGGUUUUCUGACCCCGCCGAGAGGGGGAGUGUUGAUAGGUCCCUGAGUCACUGUGCGGCUGGUAGUGGGGGUCAAGGGGAGGGAAAGCGUCAGAUGACGGUGGGGGGGCUGGACUUGGUGCAUCUCGAUGCGUCCUGCGCCAAGGUGCUGGAGUAUGAGCAUAGGAGACUCAGCAGGCUCUACAAAGAGAUAGAACAAAAAAGAGAUAGAUGAUGGACCAGACCGGACUGACCAGUGAAGAAUGAAUGAAUGGAUGCAUUUAGUUUGUCG